AUGGCCGCCGCGGGCGGGUGUCGGCGCGCGUGCGCACUGGGGGUCCCGGAGCUGCAGGCGGGAGGUUGGGGGAGGGGAGCGAGCUGGAGCGCCGCGGAGCUCCAGCCGCCGCCGCAGCUCCCGCCGCAGCGAAGAGGCCAUGUUGUGUGGUGUGUGGGGCGGGGGGAGGAGGAGGAGGGAGUAAAGCCGAGCGAGGAGACGGCAGAGACACCACACACGGCACAAGAUGGCCGGAGAGGCAGCAGCAGCCCCAGCUGUCAGGCGGCCUGCCGCGGCCCGCGGGCUCGCCGCUGCGCUGGGAGCCGUACCCCGGCGGCCCGGAGGGCUCUGGGAGAGCGGGGAGGCCGCGGCUGGGGCGAGGCGGCCGCGCGCGAAUGCGGGAGCUCGCGGCCGGAGCGCCCGGGGAGGCCCGGGCCCACGACGCCCGUGGCUCCGCUGCGGCAGCGGCGGCGCCGGUGGCGCGCGCGGCUGGGAGGCGGCUUCGCGCCGUGGGCGGGAGGCUGCGGCGGGCGACCGGUCCUGGACACGCGAGGAAGAGCGAGCCGAUGGCGCCUGCGGUCUCGCUUCGACCCGGUAACUUACAAGAUGAUAAUUCAUGUGGUUGCCGAUGAUUCUGAGUAUACACAGCUUUUAUCCCAGGAAUGUGAAUCCUUAAAUGGAAUGAAAAGCCUAUACCAUAGACAUCGAAGCCUUUACACCCCGCUUGAAGAGUUUGAAAUGGACUUUACCACAGAAAUCAAGAUGGCAGCCCAUUAUGGGGAAUUGAGGAAAAUGGAUUAAUGCAAGAAUGCUGUAAUAUUACACAACCAACACAGGAUUCUUUUAAUGUGGAUUCCAUGAAAUGAAUGAUUCUUACCCGCUUAUGGACUUAUCCACAAAUGGACAGUGGAAUUUACUUCCUAAAGACAUAUUACAUAUGUACAUUUUUGACAUCUGGAGAAGAUUCUACAAUUCUACAAAUGGUAGUUUGUAUUCCUGGAAUUUCUUGCAGUUUGAUCUGAAGUGACCUUAUGGAAUGUUAACUUUAAUAAAAAUCUCUAAAACUUAAAAAAAUUUCUCAGUUUGGGCCUUUUAUAAAUUUUUUCAGUGGGCGUUAAACAUUAAAUGUUCAUUUUACCUUGAUAACAUUUUGACCUUUACAGUUGCUUUUCAUUAAAGUAUACUGAAUAAAGCUGGUAAAAUGGAAUGGUUUUAUUUGGGAUUUAUGUGUAUUAGAAAAUCUUGGUUUUCCUGUGUUUAAGUGGAAUGGUCCUUUGGUUAAAAUAGAUAUAUUCUCUCUUCCCCUUCCCCCUUUCUUCUUUUUUUUUUUGUUUUGUUUUGUUUUUUUCAGGACA